UUUCUCACGAUCUCCCCAAUCCCUAACCUAGCUCUCCUUCUCUCUCUCUCUCUCUCUCUCUCUCUCUCUUUUAUCUCUUCCGCCAACGUCGUCGCCUCUGUUGCUGCCACCGGCGACCACCACUGCCGCCGCCACCCCUCCUCCCUCACCGCCCUCUCUCUCGUCGCCUCAGUGAUUUCGAUUCAUCUCAGAGAGGGCGAGAGAUUCAUUUCAGAGCAAUUUCGAUUUUGAUUUCGAAGUUCUCUCUCAAUUUCGAAGUUCUGUCUCUCUCGAUUUCGAAGCUCCACCGUCACCACCGUCUCCACCAGCGAGAGUGAGCGCCAUCGUCUACUAAGAUAAGGAUCGAAAAUUGGGAUUAGAAUGCCUUAGAUAGAAGGCAGUUGAAGAGCAAAAAGUGGCCUCAAUGACAAUGCCAGUGCUAGAAAAUGCAGUUGAAACUCUCUUCUCCAAAGAUUUCCACCUUCUUCAAGCUCUUAAUGCAGCGGACUUGGACAAUCCUGAAAUAGAGAAAAAAACAAAGGGCUCUUUUGAAAGUGUGGCAAGGAAGAGGCUUGGUGACAUAAGCAACUUACCACAGCGACCUAAACCAUCUACCAAAGAUGAGAAGGAGCUGUUUGUUUCAAAUACCACUAAAGACUAUAUUGAACACCUCAAAAAGCUGAAAGUUCUACAACAUGAACUUGGAUCCAAAAAUGCUUUGCUCAAUGCGAAAAAAUUGGAAUGGAAGGAGAAAGCAGAAAUAACAUGUCAAUACACAGACAAGCAGGCACUGCUAUUCCAAGGCUUGAAGUUGUUAUUGAUGUUGUACCUUUGGAGAAGCUCGCUGUUCAUUUCCACGACACUUACGGACAAGCUGUUUCAAAUAUUCUCGUGUCACUCCAAGUGAUCAAGACUGAAGUUAAACCAUCUAUGUGCUUGUAUGCACACACUGGUUUUAAAAGUAAUUCAGGCCCACCUUUCUUAGCUAAGGUUUUGACAUUUUGUUUCUUGACUGUAGUCAAGAGUCAAGACAAAUAGACUUUGAAGUAAAUAGUGAAAAAAAAGAAUUGAAAUGCAUCCUAAUAGAUAAGUAAUAGUCAUUAAUUGGCUACCUUUGCUAGUUUCCGUCCUGAAAUUGAAGUCUUAAUUUGAGGGAAAAAGGUGAAAAUAUUUUCAUUUUUUCGGUUUGUCAUAUAUUAAGACUAGAGAUCAAUGGUUUCCUCUAUCCUACUGCUAAUAUAUUUUUUGGGCUUCACGUAUGAGACGUGGAAUGCAUGUCCCAACAGUUGCAGGAGAUGAGACUCCAUAUAUACCACCACCAGAAGAUCAAGUAUAAAAUGUAUCUUUGCAUUCUAAGCUAAUAAUAACUGUACAUUAAGUGUACACAGCCUAAUAUGAUAGAGGCUAAUUCCAUAAUUAGAAAAAAGACAAAGGAUUUUCCAUUGUUAGUACGAAACUUGGCACACACGACCGCCUAGGCACGAGUGACUUAUGGGAGAAGACGAGAUUCGAAUCGGGUUCACAGUUUGGAAGUUAGGGCCGUAUUUCACUCUAGGCAAAUUAGUUUCUUAAGAAAAUUAGUUUCUUAAGAAACUUAGAAUUCGAGGUGUUUAACGCCCUAAAACUACCAAACAGCGUCGGUUUGGUAUGAAACUUAGCACACAUGACCGCCUAGACACGAGAGACUUGUGGGAGAAGACGGGACUCCAACCGGGUUCCCGAUUUGGGAGUUAGAGCCGGAUU